UCGUAUCGUCGUACCUACUUGUUCUCACAAUGACUAAAAUUUGUUUAAGUUUAAAUGAAAAAAUAAAAGUAAUCGAAGAAAGUGAAAAAGGAAAUAGUGUUAAAUCAUUAAUGAAUACUUUUAAAUGCAGGAAAACGCAAAUUUAUAACAUAAUUAAAAACAAAAUUAAAAUUAGAGAAGAAUGGUUAAAAGGUAAGUCAUAUUCAUUAAUCUUAUUAGGAAAUGGGAAAAGCAAACGAAGUUUAAAGAAGACUGUUAAUGAUGAAAUUAACAAAGCAGUUUGGAAUUGGUUUGUUAAAGCUAGAUCUAAGAACAUUCCAAUUAGUGGUCCAAUGCUUCAGGAAAAAUCCAAGGACAUCGCGAUUAAAUUGGGGAACACCGAUCUUAAAGGUUCCAACGGUUGGUUGGAAUGUUUUAGAAAAAGACAUAAUAUUUCAUGGAAUCAAGUAUGUGGAGAAUCUAAUGAUGUCAAUGUUGACGAAGUAAAUAAAUGGAAAUCAAAAAUAGCGCUAUUCCUUCAAAAACAUUGAAAUUAAAAGGGGAACAAUGUAAAGGUGGUAAACUUUCAAAAGAAAGAAUAACUGUUCUUCUUUGUGGAAAUAUGGCCGGU